CCGGAGAAAGAAACGUGUGUAUAGUUCGUCCAUCUGAUCGCUAGAGGCAGUAUUUCAUGGACCGUACAUUUGGCUGAAUUUCGCGCAUAAGUAUCAGCCAUCUUCCCACUGGUCUCUUUUACAACACGGUCGUGGUUACAACUUACAAUACAAUACGACUCACCUAUUUUGAAAUAAGCUCCGAUAUGUAUACGAAAAUCUUAAGAACCGUAAAGAAUUGUAAAAAAACUGCUCCGGAAAUCUGUACAAACGUUUCAAAGAAAUUUAAUUAUACGUCGUUUUCUCUAUCAUAAAGAAAUUAGUGUUUCCAUAACCAGUGUGGUUGAAAAUAAUCGACAGUUACGAAUUAAUGUACUAUGAACCGUUUGGAUGAUCCUCCGGGUCUCAUGAAAGGCAGAAAACCAUCUUUCAUUGGAAUGAACGGAGGCCCAGAAACAGACGAUCAACAACGCUUAAGAUUUCAAGUUGAAUUAGAGUUUGUUCAGUGUCUUGCAAAUCCAAAUUACUUAAAUUUUUUAGCACAACGUGGAUAUUUUAAGGAUGCAACAUUUAUAAAUUACCUUAAAUAUCUGUUAUACUGGAAGGAACCAGAAUAUGCAAAGUAUUUGAAAUAUCCUAUGUGUUUGUAUUUCUUAGAUUUAUUACAAUAUGAGCACUUUAGAAGAGAAGUAGUAAACUCUCAAUGUACAAAGUUUAUAGAUGAUCAGCAAAUUUUAUUAUGGCAACAUUAUACCAGACGUAGAACAAGACUGUUACAGACUGCAGCAGAGCAAACACAACAUGCAAAUCCUCAGAAUAAUGAAUCUGAUUUUGGACGAACGAUGCUGAAACAUGAAUAGCUGUUCAUAAAUGUUUAUGACUCUUUAUGCUUCAAGACUGGAAAAAAAGGGAAAUUAUCGAAGACAAGGAUAGAAGAUGCGAAUUUUAAUGAUUUUAGUAAGUCCAUUCUCUGUAUUCAUUUAUAGAAUUUAAUUCAUCUUGAAACAUUGUACAUCUUUUACAUAAAGCUUUGUAUAAAUAAAACUUUUUUUUACUAAAAGAUGACAAUAAAAGAAUAUAUUUACGACAGAGUACUGUAAAGUAUGUAUAUAUCUGUAUGUUUCAAUAAUUAUUAUGUAAAACUAAUCUAUCUUUACAAUACUCAAUUCUUAUAUUGAAGUUAUUACAAGUAAAUGCAAACUUUGGCACCUAUUAGACAUAUAGAUAUAUACAAUUAUUAAUAUAAUAUUGAUUUCUAAUUAAUAAAGAGAGAGAGAGAGAGGAAGUUUGAUAUUACUUCCAUAAAAUUUUUCAAAAUUAGUUUCAUAAUUGUAUAUACAAAUAUAUUUAUUUAAUAUACGAAUUGUAAUAUAUCUAAAAGAGCUAAUAAACUAUUACGCUCCGUUA